GGCUGCUGGGAAAUUUUCUGCGCGGAAGUAACACGAGCCGCUGAACAGGUUGACAUCACUGCAUCUCAGAGGUUGCAGACUAGCAGAUACCAAAACAUUAGCACAGGGAGAUCCAGUAAGCUUCAGGCAUCCUCAGUCAUGGAGGACAUAAGCACAGUGAUGUCCUGGUUCUCCAGCCCAGUGUACAGCCGCUACUGGCAGCACUACCAGCAGGCUAUGGCCUGGCACCAGAGACACAGGCGUGCCUACCAGAAGGCCUUGGAGGCUGCCUAUGGCUCUGGCUAUUACCAGGAACUGUAUCCCAGCAGCCACCAGCGUUAUGCAGACUGGCACGCCAGAGAGAGCGACAGCGAAGACAGAGAGGACCAGGAUGAGGAGAGCAGUUCAGACAGCGAGAUUGAGUGUGACGUCAGCAACAUGGAGAUCAGCGAAGAGCUUCGGCAGUACUUCGCCCAGACUGAGAGACACCGAGAAGAACUAAAGAAACAGCAGCAGAUGGAGGCUGAGCAGGAAAGCUAUGUGCCAGCCGACCAGGACCUGCAUGGCGUCUCUGAGCGAAGUACCACGGCUCCUCCCUUUGAACAGCCCGGUGAGAGACGCAAGGCUGAGAUGAAGAAGCUGUAUGGCAAGGAUGCAGCCAAGAUCCUGGCAAUGGAGACAGCGAUGCAGCUCACUUUUGACAGAAACUGUGACCUCAAGCAGCCAAAGUACUGGCCCGUUAUCCCACUGAAACUAUAGCACUCAGGGCAGAGCUGCAAACUGUUUGCUUUGCAAGAGAUUCCUGUCCUGAUCUCUUGGUGAGGCUGCAGCUUUGUCAUGUAAUGAAUUGUUGCUGAUCAAGCUGCUGAGGCAGAACUAAUGGUGUGAGUUAGCUGAGAGUUAUAAGCUAUGUUAAGCUCAUAAAGUUGCAUAAAUUAGCUGAGCUUCUGCAGAGCCAGAUGUGAAUGUCACUGACCUGUCAGCUGCUGCUCUAAAUGACAACUUCAUACAUAUAAUUCAGGAUCUUUCAUAGUUUUUAUUUUAUUGCAUAAAAACACUGUUCAGAGAUUCCAUGCUGUUUUUCGGUUCCUUGAUUUUUAGGACAAAUUCUCAAAAUAUAAGCACAAAACACUAGAAAAAUUGUCAGUUGCAGGACAACAAAAUUGCCCUGUAUGUGAUGUGAAUACAGUUAUGCCUGGGUGCUGUUCUUCUUUACCCUCUGGCUCAGUGAUGUUUGUGUUGUGCCUGUCAACUUGGUAUAACCACAAACAUUUUUCAUCCAGUUACUGUGUCAGAUUUUGAAGCGUCCUGCAUGGCUGCUUCUGAUGUGUUACUUUUCAGCAUAUACAAAGAGUGAAUCAUUGACUUAACUUCUAAACUGUGCCUCUGAUUCUGACCUUUCAUCGGGUUCAAAGCCAUUCAUGUGGUUUCUCAAGGGGACACUGACUGUUCUCUUUUAUCUUGUGCUGGUACCACCCUGCUCCUCUUCAGGGCUGUGUAUUCUGAUAUAAAUUCUGUUUAUUAUGAAGUAUUUUUGCAACAGAUAAAACCUGCUUUGUUGGUGGUCAUUUCUGAGUUAUCUGUCUGUGUAAUGGGCAUCUGGCUCUUCAUGACAUUACUGUUAUUCAGCUUCUAGGCAGCACAUUUGUACAUCCAAAAACUGGGCCAGUCUGGUGUUUCAGUUAAAUAGGACAUUUUUAUACCUGGCUGUAUCAUUCAGCACUUCGUUUGCCCGUACCGUAUUGUGAUUUUUUUUGUCCACUGUAAUGGGAAUGUGUACGGAUGAGCAAGUGCACUGAGAAGCAGGUGUGACUGCAGUGCCUGUACAGGUAACAGCAUUCGGUACUUAGGUACAGUUUUAAUGUAUCUGUACUUUACAUGAGUAUUUUCAUUUUCUCCUACUUCAUACUUCAAUUUCACUACUUUUCAGAAAGAAAUGUUGUACCUUGUCUCAUUUAUUUGAUAAUUUUUGUUACUAGUUACUUUUCAGAAAGAGGUUAAUAAAAAAUAUAGUA